CCCUUCCCGAAAAGAACAUUCCUAUACGAUCAGAAUAACUUUGUAUUAGUAUGAUUAUAGAACAUUUCUGCCUCCUCUUAAAAUAAGCUUUGAUACUGUCCCCAUGAGUUCUCAGGAGGAUGAAGAGGAGCCCAUCGUUGAAUACGCUCGUUUCUACGGGCUCUCCAUCGACCCUCUUCGAGAUCCAUCGCCACUUUCACUCAUUGAGAGUCUCUUUUACAUCUAUGAGAAAGAUGUAUCAGAAGAUUCUCACCUUCCACAAAUCAAUUAUCAACCUAUCCUUCCAUCGGACGAGCCUCUCACUAUUGAUAAAGGCGCAGAAAUACUACUUGCCGGCGCAAAUGGGGUGUUUCUUGAUCAAGGCACCAUCGAUAAGAUCACCACUGCAGCUUCAGUCAGACCCAGGCGGCAGAAACCCAAGCUGGAACUACCUCUGUUAAGGACGGAUCCUGAUGCGGAUCUUGAGGAUUUCAGGCAACGACAGAACCCAUGCAUCAGUGAUGAAAGCUUCAUAUAUGAACCGCAUGACAUUGAGAAAGAUGAAGGCAUCCAAUGGCCUUCUAGAUUUGCCGACUUGCCAAAUUCUCUUACGAAAGAUUGCAGCAUGGAGAAAAUUACCGUGACGAGAGACACUAUGGUUUACUUGCAGGCAGCUUUGAAAGACAACUGGUCCAAGGAGGACACAAAGGAUUUCCUUGCUUCUCAGCCUUAUUACAAACGUAACCCGGCUUUGGAUCCUAUCACACCUCCAUUGUCCACCCUGUGCUGGGCCACACCUGAGCCGUUCGAACCAUCUUCACCAACCUGCCAUCUCCCGUUACUUUCCGAUCCCCCGUCACAGCUUGGAGCGGACUUGGAAGCCGCCGAAAGAGCCAUUUUUGAAGAUGAUGAACUUCUCUCAGUUAAAGAAGAGUCGAGCGACUACAACGACCCAAUUGAACAUCACCAGGAGCGGCGCCAUAAUCUGAGAAAUAUAUAUUUCGAAACCUCAUCUCUCCCUUCCGAUGAGCUCUUCCCGGCUCACGAACACCACACCUCCCAUGACCUCAAAGUUGAAACCCCGUUAACGCCACCAUUGCCAUUGGUAAAAAAUGUCACAUUCAGUGACACCGUGGAGGAAAUGCUGUUUGAUAAGGACUGCCCAGGCUUCACUUCGUCCGCCAAUGACUCGGGAGAUGCAGACUCGUUUUUCAUGAAUCACACAUUGCAUGACACUUUCAGAGAAGCCUAUAACACAGAAAACAGCAGACUUGAAAAAGAGCAGCUGCAAGAAGCAGCGACGACAGGCAGGGUUGAAGUGCCCAUCAUGGACUUCACUGCACCGAAUCCACCUUGGAAUGUCUCAAAGCUCAGCGGCUUCAAGAAAACCCUAUCUCAGCCCCGAGAGAUAGUGAAAUCAAUACUGAAAGAGAUCAAGCUUUCAGAUCGCCCAAAAGCCUUGCGGAAGCUAAAUCACACUGUCGAUUGGACAGUGUUUCCAACAAGUCUUGCCGAAUUUGCUUUAAUCGAGGAAUUCGGAAACGAAGACGCUCUUUUGCGGUACACUAAUUCGGAGAUGGAGACCGAUAUUACUACUAGCGUAAGCCUUACAUACAAAGCACCAGGAAUAAGAAUCUUGAGAGACGUUGACGUUGACGAUGAGGAUGACGAGGACUUGGAACCCGGCGUGUUUUUGCACGAAGAGCUGGAUAUGGCUUCACUGAUCAAAAAAAGAAAGCUGGAACUUGGAGAGAUGGGGGAAAAUGGAACCCAAGAAAACAUCCAAGAAUCGGGAAACUCUACGGUUCAUGCUGCAGCAAAGAAACAUUCCUGGAAACUGACUCCAGGAAUCGUAGCUGAUUCCGAUACGGCCAACGAGGGGUAUGGAAACAGUGGAUAUGGAGAGACACUUAUUGGUGGCGUAUUCUCAGCAACAACGGCUGUAGACAAUUUUAUAGAGAUGAGAGGAACGAAGAGGCACAAGCCCACAGACAGCACCAGUUCCUAUUUAUCCUCCCCUAAGGCCAAGGCAGUUCAUACGGACAAUCCCGUAGCUAUGCCUAUUCCACCGCCAAUCGUCAACUCCCGUCUCACAAAAGCAGACAUCCCGCUGCCAUUGUCAAACAUCACUGUACCUACAGAGACAACCCAAUAUAUAAUCUCAACAGAUCUUCUGAAGCAACGUCCCUUAUUCAGCGCCAUAAAAUCUUUAAUCCCAACAGCUCAUUUCAUCGAGAGGGAUUUCAACAGAUACAACACAACCGCGUGGCUCAGACAAGGCACCAUCUCACGGUCUCCAGUCAGAAGCCCCCUAGCAGCUGAAGCAGAUCUUAUUCUCUCUCCAUCGACGGGUGUGGUGCUCACGACUCUCAUGAAAAUCAAGCAGAAGCCGCUGCCUGGCCAAAAAGAGAAGUCUGAGAUCAAGAGCAAGGUUGAGGGGGUUUGCAUGAGGUAUGAGAGGCUCCUGGUUUUUAUCAGUGAAGCGUCGCCCGAUGAGAGCUCGGUUGCUGUCCUAGGCGGCCAAGAAUGUAUGGCGAUGGCCGAGUUUACGGGAUUCUGCGCUUCGUUACCAUGUACAGUGAUCGUAUCUUUCGUGCCUGGCGCGCACAAGACGCUGGCAAACUGGGUAGUUGCAAGCAUGGUUCGAUACGGCACAGCUGGCUCCAAUACCCUUGAUUUGCUUGAGGACGAAACGCAAUGGGAAGUGUUCCUAAGGCGUUGUGGCAUGAAUCCAUAUGCCGCGCAAGCGGUGGUCUCGGCUUUGAAAGCACUAGAGGGUGUGCACUCGAGUAGGCGCGGCAUGUUCGGGAUCAGUGCGUUUGUUGGGAUGGAACAUAACGAGAGAAUACGCAUGUUUGGCCCCGUCCUUGCUGGCGAGAGGGUCCUUCGCAGGGUGUCUAGUGUCAUUGAUUCUCGAUGGAGACAUGACACGCCCUGA